GUUUCCUCCGCCUCCUUCCACAAGUAGCACCUACAGCUAAAGUUAUUGUCGUCACAUGAGCCUGUAAGUUUGAUAUUGUCAAUAAAAUCAUCAAAAAAAAAAAAAAGUUAUUGUAGUUACGACAUGACCUCACCACAAUGGCCGCCCACCACUGACGCUGCUUUUUACGUCUUCGUCGACUGUUGAUGACGUUUUUAUGUAACGACGGAUGACUGCGCGAAAUACAAAGCGACAGAGGUCUAUUUCGGCGCCCAGUUUAACUUUAUUGACCACCCACGGCCGGUGACAGCUGUGAAUUCACAGCAGCACCACCAGCCAGUGUGGGUGUAUUUUUUUCUCCUUUCUUUUCACUAAACCACAUUUUCUUGUCAGUCAUGGAAUACGGAAAGGAGAGAGUGGUGGCGUUGGUCGACAUGGACUGUUUUUACGUGCAGGUGGAACAGAGGCUGAAUCCAGCUCUGAGGAACACUCCCUGUGUGGUUGCUCAGUACAAGACGUGGAAAGGAGGCAGCAUCAUAGCAGUGAGCUACGAGGCCAGGGCCCACGGUGUCACCAGAAACAUGUGGGUGGCCGAUGCAAAAACACGGUGCCAGGAUCUCCAGGUGGCACGAGUGCGUGAAUCUCACGGCAAGGCCGACUUGACGCUUUACAGGGAGGCGAGUGUGGAGGUGAUUGAGGUGAUGUCUCGUUUUGCUGUGAUUGAAAGAGCCAGCAUUGAUGAGGCCUACAUGGAUUUGACAGCUGCAGUCCAGCAGCGGCUGAAAAACAUGAGUGACAAACAAAUAGAGCCUCACCUCCUGAAGACCACAUACAUCCAGGGGUACCCACAGAGUUCACCUGGACUGGAAUCAUCAGCAGUGGACCCCGUCUUGGAUAAAGAGGAGCAGCGGUCCAGAGGCCUCCUGCAGUGGCUGGCAUCCUUACCUGGCCCUUUAUUAGAGGAGCACAGCUCUGCAAGCCUGCAGCUUACUGUGGGGGCCAUGAUUGUUGAAGAAAUGAGAGCAGCUGUGGAGAAACACACAGGUUUCCGCUGUUCAGCAGGGAUAUCACACAACAAGGUGUUGGCUAAACUUGCCUGUGGUCUGAACAAACCUAACAGACAAACUAUUCUGCCUUUGGACUCUGUAACAGAACUUUUUAACUCCCUGCCCAUCAGCAAGAUUCGUAACCUGGGGGGCAAGCUGGGUGCUUCAAUUACAGAAACUCUGGGAAUACAGAACAUGGGAGAUCUCACUCAGUUCUCUCAAGGCCAACUGGGACAGCACUUUGGAGAAAAAACAGGCCAGUGGCUUUAUGACUUGUGUCGGGGAAUUGAGUUUGAAGCAGUUAAACCCAGACAGCUUCCGAAGUCUAUUGGUUGCAGUAAAAACUUCCCUGGGAGGACAUCGCUGGCUAAUAAAGAGCAGGUGCAGUACUGGCUUCAUCAACUGGCCCUUGAGCUGGAGGAGAGGCUGACCAAGGACAGAGAUGUGAACGGUCGAGUGGCUAAGUUGUUGACAGUCGGUGUACGUCAGCUCGGUGAUAAGAGGCCGAGCAGCUUCUCUCGAUGUUGUGCUUUGGUGCGCUACGAGGCGACCAAAAUAUCCAGUGACAGCUUUGCCAUUAUCAAGAGUCUCAACACGGCAGGAAACCACCAGGCUGCAUGGACUCCACCCCUAACCCUGCUACACAUCUCAGCUAGCAAAUUCAGUGAUGCUCCGUCUGCAGGGGGGAUUGCUGGCUUUCUUUCCAGUGAUGUCACUUCAACCCAGAGUGUUUCCUCCAACACACAGCCAUCCUCUGGACCAAAAAAUAACUCUCCAUGCAAACAAUCUGGCACCAUCCAGUCCUUCUUUCAUAAGGCAGCAGAGAAACAAAAACAAAAGGAUAGAAAGGAUGUAGAUGAGAGGGAUGAUGAUACAGGCUCCACAGAAUUCCUCACAUCUUCCUCCCCUCACAAAACCCCUGAUGCUGAGAGCCAGCUGGAAAAAGAUACCACGUCUUCCUCUGCACUUCUUCCUCAAACCAAAACUGCUUCAAGCUCUGGCAUUUCCUCCUUCUUCCACAAAAAGAGCCUUGAAAGAAGCUUACAGGUCUCAGUCUCAACAAUGAACGAGCCUGAAACAGGACAAAUGCCUGAACCUGUAAUUAAAGAAGACUCUGGAGACACUGCUGCUAACACGUCAAGCCUACGAUCAAAGCAUACCUCUGAGGUUACAUCUCACGAGCCACCAUGUGAAGAGUUAAGGGAUGAACGGGAUGUUGACCCAGAGUUAAAUCACCGUCCUCCCAGUGUGGCCACAGAAGACCUGUUAAAAUGCGAACGAUGUGGUCGAGAAGUGUUGGUCUGGGAAAUGCCAGAACACAAUGACUAUCAUUUUGCCCUGGACCUCCAGAAUUCACUCUCUUCAUCCACGGGUUCAGCAACCAUCCCUUCACCUUCAUCCACCAUCUCUUCUCCUUCUUCCAGUGCCUCUAUCAGUGCCCUCAGAGUCGGAGCAUCAGGCACAACCCAGUCCUCUCGGGGCAAGACAAAAACCAGAGGCCAGCCAGGACCUCCGUCGAAAAAGCAGCGCUCCCAAGGAGGAAGUACAGGCACUCUGGAUUCUUUCUUCAAGAGAAACUGAAAAUUUGCUACAGAACUGCAUUUUUAAAUUAAAUAAAAGUCAUUUUAAAUUAAGCUCAUAUUUGUAACAAAAUGUGUGAAGGUAAUGCGACAUGAUCUCGCAGUUGCUCAAACAAUAGAAGCCAUAUCAAGACACACAAGGACUUAAAAUUAAAUUUAAAUCAUCAAUGUUAUUGUGCUUUAUAGUAUAUCAGUGUGUACAAAUUAAAGACAAUACUUAUUUAUUUAAUAUGCUUUAUAUAUGCUCUUAUUAAAAAGCUAAAAACAAUACUUUUAAGAGGGCAGUUUGUAAACUAAAGUAUGUUGAAGAUACUAAUUGCACUUUGUAAUAGCACACAUUAUGUUGUUGUACUGUGAUACACCACCAGGUGUCACUAUAACAUAAUAUAAAGGUUGAUGGUCAACAUGAAGGUUUGUUUUGAUCUCAAGUUACAGAAAGUUUUUGUAUCUACAGGACAUUAUAUAGUAUUUGAAAUGCAAUUAAAUUCAAAGGAUGUUUGCGAGGAGCUCA